AUGAUGUCGGGCAUACGCGACCGUGAACUAGCGUUAAUCUUCACCAGCCGUCCACCGGCCAACGUCAAGGAGGCUCUUGACUUGGACUCGGCUCGCCGCACCCAAUACCCAUUGGCGCAAGAACCUCAAUCCACCAGAGAUCCAACUACUUGGGGUCAUCCACCCAACCUCCCAGGCCGGUCCACACCCUACCACACCACUUUAAACCGACGUUUCCAACCCCCCAGGCUUCCAGGCCCGCCAAACAACAAUCAGUGUUACUACUGCGACCGUUUCGGCACAGCUGCCAAGAAAUGCGGACACAACUCAGGUAACCAGCCCUUUCCCCUAGCCGCUUUAUACACCCUCCCCUCUGAUUUUAAGCCAUUGACAAUCUCGGGCACAGUGGCCAAUAGGAGAGUCAGUAUCCUUAUAGACACGGGCGCAGCCGUCUCCCUGAUUCACCGUAGCCUCCUCCAUGGAACAAACUACAUUCAGUCGGCAUUCCCUCAGUUACAGAUUCUCACCGCCAACAGUUCCACCCUCCAGCUUAGCGGCUCCGCCACAGUUCCAGUUUCCAUCAAAGACACGACUAUCCGGCAUUGCUUCCUCGUGUCUUCUGAACUGAAAUGGAAUGUCAUACUCGGCUGCGAUUUUCUAAAACGACAUGCCCAGGCUAUUACCUUCUCCCCCACUUCUCAGUCCCUAAUCCUCAAAGACGACGAGGUAACCGUGGACGUAAACAGUGUCGAAAUCGAUACACGACCUCCCCUCGAUCCGUCCUCAAUCGAAGAUAUCCUACCGGAUAACAUAUCGGCAGACGAUCGCGGCGCCCUAUUCCACGCGUUAGCACCGUUCACAUCCGUGUUCACAUGGGCAGACCAGGCUAUCGGACGGUGCAACGUAGUCCAACACCGGAUAAACACCGGAUCCGCCCCUCCACAGCACCUCCCUCCCCGACGGAUACCCUUCCACUUUCGGGAAGAACUCGAUAAGAUGGUAGAAAACAUGCUCCAACAAGGCAUCAUCCAACCUUCCUCCUCCCCGUGGGCAGCGCCGGUAACUCUGGUUAAAAAGAAGGACAAUUCCCUUCGUCUCUGUGUUGACUACAGACGCCUCAACGCGGUCACGGUCAGAGAUGCCUUUCCCCUUCCCCGUAUGGAUGACCUCCUAGCUUCUAUGGCGGGGAAGAAAUUCUUCUCUACCCUUGACCUCUCCUCAAGCUACUGGCAAAUCGAAAUACACCCGGAAGAUCGCGCAAAAACCGCCUUUUCCCUGCCCUCGGGACUCUUCGAGUUCACCACACUACCUAUGGGCCUAGCCAAUGCAGCGGCGACCUCCCAACGCCUCAUGCAGAAAUUACUGCAAAACCUCUGUCCAUCGAAGUGCCUUGUUUACCUAGACGACGUCAUAGUGUGGGGCACCACGAUAUCAGAACUGCUAGACAACCUUUCGGAAGUCUUAACGAGGAACCAAGAUGCCGGUCUGACACUCAAUCCAAAGAAGUGCAAGUUCCUCCAACCAGAAAUUCCCUUACUCGGCCACAUAGUAAGCCGCGAGGGCCUCAAAACGGAUCCUGACAAGAUCCAGGUAGUCAUAGACUGGCCCCAGCCGGCCAACGGAGAUGAAGUCCGCUCGUUCCUGGGCCUAGCAGGAUACUACAGGGCUUUCAUACGUCGUACGCUCGCCUUGCCUUCCCUCUCACGAGACUGA